AUGUAUGACAUGAAGUACGAUCAGCCCACUCACAGACGCAGAAAAGUGUUGGGUACUGUACGUGACACAAACAUUGAGCCACAUCACACUUCAAGCCAGCUUUGCAAACUUGUAAAAAAAGAGGAUCUACACAAGAUCAACGACAGCAGCUCCCUAACCAAUCUGUCGGAUCACGAGGAUGAUUUUGCUGGUGGGCUCGGAGGACUGCAGUCUGUGCCUCACAAGGCAGAAGUAACUGCGACACAAGAUCCAACUGUCUGCUGGGAUGCAGAUGAAACCUUACUUGACAGCUUGGACAAGGAAAUCCUUGCGUUGGCCGCCGGGACUGAACCGGAGAAAAACCUUAUUGAUUUUGGAGAUGAGGAUGUAUCAGACAAUAAACCUUCAAUCACAGCCGGAUUUAUGGAUUCACAUCCUGUUCCUCCUUCAGGCGUAUAUAAUAUCGACUGUUGCAGUGAAAUCAGGUAUAUGAAGGCUUGGAUUGAUAAGCUAGAGGACCUUGUUUAUGCUUCACUUUGCCUGCCUCCACCAGAGGUCGCGGCGAUGUUAGAAGAUUAUAAGCGUCUUUAA